AUGAAUGUCCAGUCUGUCAAAAAGGGCCAAAUUGUCCAAUUAAAAGACAAGGCAUGGCGCGUGUUACAUCGCGACCACUCAUCGUCAGGUCGAGGUGGUGCCGUGGUGAAAUUGGACUUGCAAGAUAUUCUAUCGAGUUCUAAGAUUAAUGAGCGUUUCAAGUCUGGCGAUUCUGUUGAAAUUUUGAACUUGCAAGAUGAAGCAUACCAAUAUCUGUACACGGAUGAAAACAUGCUUCAUUUGAUGAAUAUGGAAACCUUUGAUGAGAUUGAGAUGCCUGCCACUGCUUGUGAAGGCGGCGAAGAAUCUGUUGCUAUGCUUGAAGAUGGCAUGAAUAUUGCAGUCAGCUUCUUGACGACGCCCGAUGAUGGACGAAAACCGGUUACUUUCAAGCUACCAUCCAAUUAUACGUUUACGGUAGAUUCAGUUGUGGAACGAGCGGGUCAAGCAGCAAAGGGCACAGUCUACAAGACGGCCACUUUGACCAAUGGUGCAAAACUUCAAGUACCAGAGUUUGUGCAUCCUGGUGAUCGUAUCAUUGUUGAUAUUGAUUCUAAAAAGUACAUGAAACGCGAACUGUAA